CUACUGUUGAUUAAAUUCACCAAAAUAUAUUUGGUCAAAUAGAUGCCACAAUACAUCUUUCAAUUUCCUCCUCGUAGUUCUUUACCCAAACAGAUCUCCACUCAUUACUCCAAAGGAAAACCCUCAUGUUUGCAUUCGGGAUAACCCACUCUUCGCCCUUGUUUUCUCCCUCCCCCUCUCCCUGGAUGACGGUAGAGCCAGGGGAGCAACAGCAACAUGUGCGAGGAACCCCAAUGGAUGAUCUGAUGUCGCUGUUUCUCGUCGAGGCCUCCCGAUUCACAAAUGAGUGCUACCUCUUCGGCAUUCUCACCUCUAUCAUAGGCGUGUUUUUCAAUCUCUUCUGCUACAUCUGUUCUCUCUCACUCCCGAAUCAGUCGACCAGUAGUAUCCUUAUGUCCUAUUUGGCCAUAUGGGACACCAUCUCACUCAUACACGAUGGAGUAUUCGACAUGGCUCUCAAGUACUGUGGCGUGCAUUUGGCUGAUAUGAGCAUUGGAGGGAGUGGAUUGAUGUGCAAGCUGUUCUACUACCACUCCUGGGCCAGCACCCUCAAUGCCAGUGCACACCUAGUGGCCCUGGCAGUGGACAGAGUCAUCUCUCUGAAACUACCACUAUUCCACCACAACCUCAGCAUGCAAACAUAUGCCAGGAAGAUAUCAUGGUCUCUGACAGCUUUCAACUACAUGGUAGUGCUACCUAACUUGUACUUCUUCGCCCUUGAGGACGGAACGUGCAAGAGCAUCGGAGGCGAGUUGGAGGAGUGGAUGGGCAUUUAUCAGAAGACUAUCAACUACGCCCUCUUCUCUGGAGGUCCCUUCAUCCUCAUCUCAGUCUCAAACCUCGUGUUCAUUCACAACUUAUACCAGAUUAGAAAAGAGAAGCAGGCGCGACUUGAUUUAACGACACGAGUCAUCGCCGAGAACAGCUGUCGUCCAGUGUCCUCGCGAAUGACAAAGGAGACAAUGACACCUGUAGACCAGAGAAGGAGUCAAAAUAUGUCAAAAAGGAGCUCGAGUUUCCCGCAGUUGACCACUAUGAUGACCUGGUCACAGAGGUUUACUGUGGACCAAAGACUUCAUCAUACAAACAAAAAGUGCAGCAACCUACAGAACCAUUCCCCUGCAAACAAAGUACUUCUGAAAUAA